UCCAACCAUAUAUCCCGCUCAUCAACCGGUUCCACGGUACUGAUUUUGUGAAACAUGAUGGUCGUGGUAAAUCUGGCCGAAAUUGGGUUGAGUACCACGCCAAUCAUAUACAAGAGUGGGACAAUAGGCACAACUUAGUGUGGACUGAUCUGGAGUACUCAAAUGAGCCUAUUGCAACUGAUGAAUAUAUGGAUUGGUUUCGCCGAAUAAAUGUGGUGUACUUAACUAAACCUAGCGUGCAUGCUCAAGAGGGCUUCCAUGAAAUGACAUCUUCUCAUAGCUUCGCGGUGGAGACGCUUCAAAAAAUACAUCACUUUCUAAGUGGGCAAGAUAUGACAGGACGAACAGAUUUGGUAACAAUUUCGAGGAUGGUUGAAGAUGGUCUGCAGAUAUCUAGGGAGGCUGAGAUGAUGGACUAUCGUCCUUCCCAGCGCUUUGAGCUGGACAUUGACAUGCCCGUGAGACAAAAAGGGAAACGACGUGGAAAGAAGAAAACUGCUUGUGGAGAGUCGUCAUCUUCAAGGAUGGAUGCUCAUUUGGUAGAUGAUUCUGAUGAAGAUUUUGUGCCUCCACCUCCACCUAGAUCUGCAGUUCGAGGUCGUCAUUCUGUUAGCCACACUGGUGGUACAUGUGAAGAUAUUGGUCUUAAUGAUGUCCACCAUUCUCUACCUCGGUCUUUAGUGCGGGAUGACUUUUUUGGGGUGGAUUUAUAGAAUGCUGUUGUUCAAGAUACUCCUCCCUCUAGACUCCCUACUUCCAGAAUCGGGAAGGGGAUCCCUGGCCUGUUUAUGCAGAGAAGGCGAGACGAUUGAACUAAACUACAUCUAUUUUUAUUUGUUUAUUGAGUUGAACUUCG